GUAGCACUUCAUCCCCUGCUCAUCCUCAAAUGCCCCCAUCUCCAUGAAGGCCCGAUAGUAUUUUUGAUAUAGCAUGGUUUCCUCAAAGCUUAGUCUAGUUGGUGGAGCUACCGCCUGCUCAACUCAUUUCGCACCUCCCAUCCAUCCCAACAGGAAGGGCGACAAUCUUAUUCGCACGAUUUCGUUUGGCAGAGUGAAGGUUCGUGCCAUGAUGGUUGUUACUUCAGUCGUGACGUCGAUUUGCUCGGGAUUCGCAAAUUUGAACCCCUCUCGCCAUGUUAUCUGCCAAGCCCCUUCAAACAUUCGCACGGGGUUGCCCCCGGAUACCAAGGUGAUCCCAAAGGUAACGAGUCGACUGACGAGAGAAGAACAGAAACUCUUGCAGCCACGGAAAGAAUUGAAACCACGGACCUACAGGGUUAAGGUUGGUGGAGCAAUACACCUUGGUGGUCUUGCAAGGAUCGACAUCGUCAGUGCACCAGCAGAGUCUAUCUAUUUGACAGUCUGGGCCGCUGCUGCUUUGACAUGUCACAUGGGGAAAAUUGAGACUGGAGAGGAGCUUUACGAAAAACAUGUCGGCCAGAGAUUACAGCCACCAAUUGGCACUCCAGAGAGAAUCGCAGCCAUGGGCAGGUGGAUGUCGCACACUGUGGAAGUCAAGGGAGACCGAUGGGAUCAGAGCUGUAAGGACAUCGCUUUUGCUGGAAUUGGUUGGGUUGGAAUCGCCAUGUCAGGAGCUGCCACACUGCAAAUCUGGACGUAUGAGGGAUUAGCUGUUACAGUCCGUGAUUCAAUGGUGCUGGAUAUGGCGGCACAAUUUGAAAAGCCUGGCUUCUCCGUGGAAGGCAAAUUGCCACCGAAGGUAGCUGAAUCAGGUGCAAAACCACGGGAGAAGAGGACAAGUAAUAACUCCAAGGAACAAGAUCUGCGAAGAGAAGGCGCUGUGAAGCAAUCGGUUGUUGUUUGGAGUGGUAGUGGGAACACAGGGAAGAAUAGCAAGGCAUCGGUAUCUGUCAGAAGUGCCCGAGAUGGGAAGCGGAGAGCAAAUCAGUAAGCGAGCAAUCAAUUUGGUGGUAGUCUGGUAGAUUACAUGGCAAUUUCAACUUUGCCCUUGCUUCUCCUUGUUCUCGUACUCAGUACUACUCACCUUCCUUUUUGUCCAGUUUUUCUUCAUGGUGAUCUGGUGCGGCUACUGCUGUUGCUUCCUCGUCCGCUUCUCUGCCUAUGCUACAGUUUCUGCUCUUUGCUCUGCAGCUGCGGCUGCGGAUGUGGCUGUGCGCUCUGCUUCCGGUUCAAAAUUUGCAGCUAUCUUCUUGUGCUUCUACUUCUUUUCUAAUUUUCAAAGAUUUGCAGUUUCUAUUGAGGGGAGAAGGGUUGGGUUCUCUUGCCAAGUUCUCUUGCGAAUUCAGAAAACUGUCGUUAGCAGCAACAACAACGCUGUAUUUAACGCGAACUAGCUGUGCCACCUGAGAGUAGUAAUUACUGUACAUUGUGUCUGGCUGAAGUUCUGCAUCAUUUUUGGUGAUUGGUGUACUACUACAACUCAGAUGUAAUGUUUCUAUGUUUGUCAGUUAUACCAUGACUACGAUGUGUUUUUUCAUUUCUUGUGGAUGAUGUUUGAUGCUGAUAAUCAGCGGGUCGGCGACCAUGGCUAUGAUGUUGAGGACAAGGAUGAUGAGGAGAAUGAUUGAUGAUUGCGAUGAUGACAAUGAUGAUGGAUGACGAUGGUUGUUGUUAAUGAUAAUGACAUUGAUUGUAACGCUUGUGGUGCUGGUGAUGUGAAUGAAUGAUGCUGCAGAUGGUGGUAUCGGUGUGUGUCAUAUGCUCUCACUCAUGUAUUGUGGGAGUACUGAAGUAAUGGGUCAACAUUUUGCCCGGUCAUUGUUUAGGCAAAAUCAUUUUUGGUUCACCAAAGUGGUUAGCUCAGUUGGUAAACCUUUGAACUACGGAAACACAUCCCUGAGUUCGAAUUCCAAUGGAAUCGGAUGAGUGAAAAGAACUCUGAAUUUACCUGGAGCCGGUCAGUUCAAAGAUGAUAUCUCAACGCUGUCACCAGAGAAAAAAGGAAUGCCGGGUCGUUAUAGCUCCAUCUGGACUGAAAGUUGCCCCAAUAAUGACUGGCGGUUCUGAUAGGGCGACUGAUGGUUUUGAGCCUCUUGGCGAAGAUUUCAAUUCCCCACCACUCUCUCAUAUUACCGCUGCUCAAGGAGAUAGCGAAUUAUCCAAGCCAACAUGGACUAAUGAUUCCAUUUCAAACUCAAAAUACAUAAUCGAAUUAUGUCCAUGAUUCCAGUGCUGCAGUCAGUCACAGCAUUGGAUCAGUCGUUUUUAAAGAAUGCAGAGCGAACACAAGUUUCUUUUUUUCAAUUCGCAGUGUUUGUAAGACUUAGCCGAAGCCGGGUAACG